AUGCCAUUGAAUGCCGCGGGCUGGACGACCGAAGAAGAGGAGAAAUUAAUCCAAUUAGUACAACCACACACACAUCUAUAUUAUUGGCUAGACCCCUCGAGGAAGAAUAUUUUGACCCGUGAAAGGACGUGGCAAGAAAUCGCAAACGAAUUAUUCAAACCGGUUGAAGAAUGCAAGAAACGGUGGCGAGGUCUUCGCGAUGGAUAUACGAGGAAUAAAAGGAUGGGUGCUGUGCACAAGUCCAAAGUACCUAUAUUUGAAAAAUUACAGUUUUUGGACAGUAUGCCUUUAGAUAACAUGCCAUUGGACGUAGGAUAUAAAAAACAGGAAGUUGAGGAAGUGUUAGAGGCUGAUGGUCAGAUACAGGAAGAACAAAUUACAACUGAACAGAACAAUGUCAUAACGGAUAAUCAGGAGUACUAUGAGAUUACGUUAGUUGAUGGGCCUAAUCAAGACACUGAAAUGAAAUUACCUCAAAUAAUAAAAAUAGAAUCAAAAAAAAUUAAACUUGAAUCUACUGAUGCUACAGAUAAAGUACCACCUAAAAAAGUAGGCAGAAAGAAUGCAGGAAGAAAGAAAUCAGUACCAGUGCCUAGAAAUAUUGCACCUAUUAAAAUAUUGCCUAAACCUGUAGUUAUGGGUGAACCUAGAAUAAUCAAACGUGUGGAAGAGUCAAAAUCACCUGAACAACGAACAGAAGCAAUAGAUAAAUUAAUAGAAAAAGUGUUAAAAGAAAAUACAAAUGAGAUUGAUAUAUUCUUUAGAAGUAUGGCGGCAUGUGUAAAAAAAUUACAACCAAACUUGAUACCCAAAGUGAAAAUGGAAGUGUGCAAUGUGAUUGCGAAAUAUGAAAUGCAAAGUUUUGAUAAGAACCAUCAAAUUGUU